AUGGGUUCAAUUGGGUCCUUGGUGGGAAGCUGCCGGGGGUCUAUGGUGGGACGCCCAAUGAUGGCUGCUCAGGCGGCAUUCAAUCUACGGGGGCGAACUGUCUGACCAUGCGACUCAUGUGGAGACCAAACGGUCUUGGCGAAGUGUACGCAUAUGUUCCAGCGGAUGCCAAAUCCAGUCUGUGUCAGACUCCAGAGGUACUAUGCAACGACCAAUACGGCAAAUCGAUCGGCCGUGGGCUGAUCUAUUUUACACCAGGCACGUGGACACAUAUUGACAUGGUCAUGGUCCUGAACGAACCCGCCGGCAACCAGAAUGGAACCCUACAAGUGUACCAGAACGGCAACCUACUCAUUUCCAUGAAUAACAUACCCUAUCGCUCGACAGGCAUGGUUGGGUUCCAGGGACUGAUGUUCUCGUCCUUCUUUGGAGGAUCUGAUUCAUCCUAUGCUACUCCUGUGGACACCUCGGUCUAUUUCAAGAACGUGCAGCUGAGUGUGGGUCAACCUGCAACCCUGUAUGAGGGGUCGGGUGGUAGUGGUACUGCACGGAUGGUGGGAACAAGAACAACGGGGGAGACACUCCUGUGGUCGAUGGUCGCGAUCUUUGUGGUCGUGUUGUUGGCAUAGCCGGAGAGCAUGGUUCAUAUUGCAUCCUUCACAAAACAUAAUAACACCAUUUUCAAUGAUAAUAAAGCGCCUGUACGAUAGAAAGUAUUGUCAAUCUCGAAAUACCACGCUCA